AUUAUUUUCGAAAGAGUUUUGUUGCAUUUUAAAAAAAAUAUUUACAAAAAAGGAUGGGAUUGAAAGAUGACACUAACAAAAACUCGACAAUGGCUGACGAUGAUAAGAAUGACGCACAUUCAUUAGAAUCGGACAAAUCAAUGAAUCAGGCAGGACUGGGGGAAGUAGAUGCUGUUGUAGAGAUCAAAGAUGAACGACAAAACCAACUUCUGUACAAAGUGGCCGACCACCCUCCAGUAUACCUGACAAUAUUCUGUGGUCUACAGCACACUUUAAUUUCUCUGUCUGGAAAUAUGGCAAUUUCCCUUCUGGUUGCUGAUGUGACGUGUGCAACUCACCUGGAAGACAUUAAAACAACACUUCUUAGUUCUACACUUCUGAUGUCAGGGGUUGUUACAGUGUUUAUGACUCUAAUCGGUUCAAGACUUCCAUUAUUCCAAGGAGCAGCAAGUGACUACCUAAUUCCCCUACUAGCUCUGCAGGUUCUGGAUAAGACGAGAUGUGAUUUUACAGACAACAUAAACUCUGAUUCCAAUUCCACAACUGCAAACACAUCUGUCAUAAUAGACCAUAGAGAAUACAUACUGAACAAUAUCCGAGAGUUACAGGGAAGCCUUGUGGCUGCUGGAACAUUUCAAUUUCUAAUUGGAGCUACAGGUCUAGUCAGCCUCCUGCUAAAAUUCAUAGGACCAAUCACCAUUGUCCCCACUCUCUUUUUGAGUUGCAUUUUCAUCGUCAGAGCAUGCGUCAAAUUUGCUUCCGUUCACUGGGGUGUUGCACUGCUGGUUACAGCAGUGUCCCUGAUUUUGUCGUUGUAUCUUAGUCAUCAUAACACACCUAUACCAAUGUGGACGAGAAAGAAGGGAUUUCACAUUCUCUGGUUUCCAUUGCACCAAGUUUAUUCGAUUCUAAUAGGAAUUUUGAUUGGUUGGUUGGUAUGCGGCGUCAUGACAAUAGCAGGAGCUUUUGAUCCGGACGAUAAGCUGGCCAGGACUGAUACCGGAUUAAACGCCAUUAGAGAGGCUGCUUGGUUUCGCAUACCUUAUCCAGGACAGUUUGGUCCCAUUUCAUUUAGCACAAGUGUUUUUACUGGAUUCCUAAUAGGAACCAUUACAUCAACUCUCGACUCUAUCGGUGACUACUACGCAUGCGCAAAAAUGAGUAAUGUUCCACCUCCACCUUCACACAGCGUAAAUCGUGGAAUCGCUAUGGAAGGGUUUUUUAGUCUCAUAGCAGGCUUUAUGGGAUGUGGACACGCCACAACCACAUAUGGCGGAAACAUUGGAGCAAUAGGAGUGACUAAAGUUGCCAGUCGAGACGUUUUCCUUGCUGUUGGUGUUAUUUAUGUUUUAUUCGGAAUUAUAGGAAAAGUUUCUGCAGUUUUUCUAUCCAUUCCUUACCCAGUCUUAGGCGGAGCGCUGAUUGUGAUGUUUGGCAUGUUUAAUGGCGUCGUUCUCUCCAAUUUAUCAGUUGUCUCCCUUAGUUCGUCCAGAAAUCUUGCGAUCAUUGGAACCUCCAUUUUGUUCGGGCUCAUGAUCCCAUACUGGUUGGAGUUAAACCCCGAUGCUAUUCAAACAGGAUCCCCGUCACGUGACAGCGUGAUAAAAAUGCUUAUGGUUAAUCCUAAUUCAUGCGGGGGUCUUAUGGCUUGUUUUCUGGACAACACAGUCAAAGGUACUUUAAAAGAAAGAGGAAUAGAAGCUUGGCAACAGAUGAUUGGAGAAAAGGCUGACGACGGAGAAGAAUUUGAUUACGACAUUACGAUAUACGAUAUCCCCCUUUCGCAAAAAAUGAAAGAAUCAAAGUUACUUAGACGGUUGCCUUUCAUCCCUCCACAAUAUAACUAAAACACCCUUGUCAUACCCUUUAAAGUUUUGCAAUAUUUAGAUAAAUGACGUUUGCAAUAUCUAUGCAGACUAAUUUAUUAAUUAUUCUUGUAGUAAAUGGUUUAAACUUAAUUCAACAUUUUCUUUUAAUUCUCGGAAACAAAUAGCGGCACAAUGAGGAUAUCUUUAAAACUUAUAAUAUUUCAUAGUUAUAGAGACUACUUUUGCUCCUGAUAAAAUGAUGAUUGUGCUUUGGUGUGAAAUGGAAAUCGAAUAUACACAAAUAGACAGAUGAUGUAUUUUCUGUCCAGAAAAAUCAGAGAUACAACAUACAUGUAUCUCUGAAAUAUCUAAGCUCGCGGACCAUCUAUCUAAUCAAAUAUUUAUGCAGAAUUUAUCAAAUCAAUAAAGAAUUCCAUCAGCAAA